AUGUUGGAACAGAAAAAUAGUUCAGAUGUUCCAGUACUUAUUGAGAGAUUUAUUUGUACUUGGAGGGAGAGGGAGGCAGGGGAAGAGGGAGAGGCAGGGAGAGAGAGGGAGUGUAUUUACAGGUGGCUCGAAACGGGACUUAAAAAUGGAGGCAUCAGGGUAGAAGGUAGAAGACUUGGUAUUACGGCCACCAGGGUUGUUGCUGGCUCCGUCUUUGAGUCUUUCUUACAGUACACAGUACACAUGAACAUGGAUCACCUUGGAGGAACUAGUGUUGGGUGGUACAAUUGGGAACUUGUGACCAAUAAGGUCCAGGUAGACCUUAUGAAUGCAGAUGUUGUCCACCAGAUAAAUCAUCCAGUGCAAGCAUCUUAUGGUACUCCACAACAUGUGUCUGUCCAGCUUGCAGUACCACAAGCUCCUCGUUCUAAUCAUGCAGUCAGUUUAGAAUCUACUAAUACUACAAAUACCCCAAAGCCUCCGGGCCCACGACCUCCAAGAGGUCGCCAUGCCCACGGAGAGCGCGUAGCAUGCCAUGAGUGUGGUAAAACAUAUGCAUGUAACGCAAAUCUACGAGACCACAUGAGGAUACAUACCGGCGAAAGGCCCUUCUCCUGUGAUGAAUGUGGAAUGACUUUCACACAGAGAUCGAAUCUCCGCAUGCAUAAACGUGUCCAUACUGGUGAACGACCAUACAUGUGUGGUGUGUGUGGGAAAACAUUUUCUAGGUCGUCUCACCUACCUGGCCACAUGCGACAGCACACAGGAGAAAAGCCUUACACAUGUGAAGAGUGCGGACAAACUUUUACCACAAGCCAGAGUAUGAAGAAUCAUAAACGCAUUCACACAGGAGAGAAACCAUAUGUUUGUGAUGUUUGUGAUGCUGCCUUUACUCAAAGUUCCACUCUGUCCACUCAUAAGAAAUCGCACACUGGAGAUAAGCCUUUCAAAUGUGAUAUAUGUAAUAAAAGGUUCAUUUUCCGAUCUGGUUUAAAUGAACACAUGAUAGUACAUAGUAGAGAUAAACCAUACCAGUGUGACCAGUGCCACAAGAGAUUCAAAUACUCCAAUUAUUUGUCAAAGCAUAAAAAAAAGUAUUGCGGUAAUGACGGCUAUCGCAAGAGGUGGCAGAAGUCUGGGGUAAAGAAGCCAUCGGGAAGAAGAUCCGGCGGGUUUCGCAAAGCUUCAUCUUCUCUGCGAGUAACUGCAUCACACACCCUAGACGAUGAUCAGGGUGAAGAUGAUGAGGUCAUAUCACUUCAUGAAGAGGAGGAGGAGGAGGAGGAAGAGGAACAGAGACAGGAACAGCAGCGAAGAAGCAGGAUAUCUCGUUACGAAAAGAGGAAGGAGAAGAUUCCACUACAUAUUUCUGAUGAUGGCGAUUGGAAAAAGGCUUGGAUAAAGCAAGGAUACAAGUAGAAAAUUGGUCCCAGUCUGUCACAUGUGCAUUACAUCUGUACAUUCUUGCCUUUGUGUGAAAAUAUUUGAGUUCUAAUGAUUAUAUGCUUUAAUUGUAUAGAUAGAACGUUAUUACAGAUUAAUUGUAAGAUAUUUCUUUGAAAUCUCCAUAUAUUUAGCAUUCCAUAUUAGUAGGCAUCUUUUUUCAUAUUGGUGCAUUGUAUAUUCCAGGCCACCGCUUGGCCAUUUUAAUUGCAAUAGGCAAAUUUAUAUGUGAUAAAUGGUUUACAAGCCAUUAGACUUCUAAAAAAAAAAAUGGAAGAUAAAAUAACUUUCCUAUGUAAUAGUGUGUACCUAUAAAAAGCUGGCUUUCUGCCAUAUAAUGGUCAUGAAGCCAAAUGAGGCAUACAAAUAAAUAUGAAGAGUAUGUGAGUGAUUAAAAUGAUAUUUGAG